AUGCCUAAUUUUUAAGAAAUUAUUGACAAAUAUAAUUCAGAUCCUAAAUAUGAUUACAUUAAAGACACAAUUUAGUUCUUAAUGAGCACACUUAGCAUUUACAAGGAUUCUAAGUAGUUAUUUAUUACAUUCAAUGGUGGAAAAGAUGCAACAGUAGUUUUAUAUUUAACAUAUACUGCAAUUUAUAAGCUUAAUAAAUAAGAUGAAAAUUAAAAGGAAUAUUUCCCUCAAAAAUCUUUAAAAUCAAUUUAUUUUGAAGAACCAAAUCCCUUUAAGGAAGCUGUUGAAUUUAAAGAAAAUGUAAGGAAAGAACUUGACUUAGAAGAAAUAGUUGUUGAAAGAGAUUUCAAAAAAUCUUUAUGGAAAAUUGUAACAGAGUAAUCUCUUUAAGCUGUCAUCAUGGGAUAAAGAAGAGUUGAUCCUUACUGCGAAAAGUUAGAAAAAGUUUCUCCAUCAGAUACUGAUAAAGGUUAUCCUCCAUUUUAUAGAAUUAAUCCUAUUAUUGAUUGGUCUUAUGAGUAAGUUUGGGAGUUUUUACUUGAUUUUAAAAUACCAUAUUGUUCUCUAUAUGAAAGAGGAUUCACCUAUCUUGGUAAUGCUGACAAUACUCAUUAGAACUCGCACACUGUUUAACAAGAUGGAACAAUAAUACCUGCUUGGAAAAUUAGCGGAUCUUAUGAGUAAGAUAGUAGAGCUGUAAAACCUGAAGAUUCAAAAUAGCAUUUAGAAUAAUUAGGUGUUAUUUUUGCACCUUAAGAUAAAAUAGAAAACUUAAAAUAUCACUUAAAAAAUAAAAAGUAUUUAAAUAUGGUAACAUUUAAUACAGAUAAUGAUGUCUUAGAUUUAGAUAAAUGCUUUCUCUAGGUAUAAAGCUUCCUCUAAAGUCAUUAUUUAAAAACAGAUAUUUUAAUUUGCACAAAUUACGAAAAAGCAGAAUAAAUUAAAGAAAAAGCCAACACAUUUAACUUAUAAAUAAAUGAAACCUAUUUUAUUUGA